UAAGGCAGGACAAAUUCACACGUGAGCCGAUCCCAAAAUGCCCCGCGAGAUCAAAAACCUGAAGGAGUUCCUUGCCAUCUGCUCCCGCAAGGACGCCCGUUGCGUGAAGGUGAAGCACAACCCGAAGGUCUCCAAGUUUAAGGUCCGCUGCAGCCGCUACCUCUACACCCUCGUCGUGGCGGAUAAGAAGAAGGCUGACAAGAUCGAGCGCUCCAUUCACCCGUCUGUGAAGAAGAUCACCGUAACGGCGCGCAGCCACGCGAAGACGAACUCCAGCACCAAGUAA